UCGCUUCACUUCACCGUGCCGACUGCAGGGACCCGAAGUUGCGAGAUACACCACGGCUAUACACGUAAAUUAAUCCCGUCGUCAUUUUUUUUUCUUACGCUUGGUCAUUUUGAAUUUUCCCAGUUUGUUUGGAGCAUCGCUGAAACGCGGCUUGGAAGUCGGAGGCUCCUAGGUUUUGGGAAUGCUUCCUCAGUCUGCCCGGAAAGAGCAAAGAGUGACAGUCCUUUCUGUCAAUCCACAUCUGACGACAUGUUGUACUGGACUCUGUGUGACUGGAAAGUACUGCUGCUGAUUGCUCUGCUGUGGGACGGCCUCUGUGCUGCGGAGCUGAAGCCCACCCGAUGGCCGCUGUACCCCCAAAAGCCUCUGCUCCUCGCUUGGCAAGCCCCAACCGAGGACUGUGCCCCGCGGCACGGCAUUCGUUUUCAGCUGGACCAGUUCCAGAUUGUGGCCUCACCCAAUGAAGGCUUUGUCAAGCAGAAUCUGACCAUCUUCUACAAGGACCGCUUGGGCUUGUACCCCUACUUUGAGAACGAGGAUACGCGAGUGAAUGGGGGGCUGCCACAGAUGGCGAGUCUCACGCAGCACCUGGAGGCGAUGCCAGAUAGCAUUCGGAAGUACAUUCGAGAGUUAGGGGCUCAAGGUUUGCAUAUUGACUGGAGAUGGUCAUUGACUAUGGACACAAAGAGUUCCGCAAAUUCGUGGUGGUGCCAAAGAACCCACCUGGACUAAAAUGGUGGAAGAAAGUUCCCAAACAGGAGUUGGAGUCGCCAAAGAAGUCAUGCCUGGGCCUCAGGUGGCAAAGAGGCCCAACCAGAGACUGUGGCAAGGGUUCUACUGCGGACGCUGAGGGUUGCUAAAAACCUGAGGCCCAACCAGCUGUGGGGGUUCUACCUGUUCCCCGACUGCUACAACCACAACUACCAACACACUAUGGAGAGCUACACCGGUCGCUGUCCCGACGUAGAGGUGGCUCGCAAUGAGCAGCUGAAAUGGAUGUGGACGGAGAGCACGGCCCUUUACCCUUCCAUCUACUUGAGCAACCUGCUGCGUUCCUCGGUGUCCGGACGGCAGUUUGUCCGGAACCGCGUCAAGGAGGGGAUGCGGGUGGCUUCGUCAGGCGACGGCCUGGCGCGGCCCGUCUUUGUGUAUGCCCGUCCCACGUAUACCAACUCACUGGAGCAGCUGACAGAGGUUGACCUUGUAUCCACCAUCGGCGAGAGCGUGGCUUUGGGAGCAGCGGGAAUCAUCCUGUGGGGAGAAGCGGUUUAUGCGAGCAGCAGAGACAGCUGCUAUAACCUUGAUAAAUAUCUGCGGGAAACACUGAGUCAAUACCUCCUCAACGUCUCCACAGCAGCAGAGCUAUGCAGCCAGACCCUGUGCUAUUCCCACGGCCGCUGUCUGCGGAGAAACCCAGACAGCGAUGUUUACCUGCACCUGAACCCCCUCACCCACACCAUAGUCAGUCAAAAUGGCAAGCCCGCGGUCAGAGGCGAGAUCGGGGAAGCGGACAAGACGAGUUUUCAGACGGAUUUUCUGUGCCAGUGCUACAAGGGUUUUAAGGGGGAGACCUGCAAUCAGACCGACCUCCUGCACCAAAGAGGGACGGCGACUCUGAGCGGGGCAUCGGCUCUCCAGUGUGUCAUCUUACUGAUUGUCUCUCUGCUCCUUCAUUAAUACUCGAAACAUUAGUAGUUGCAAAUGUAGGAGCACAAAAGAAGUAAUGUUACGGAGCGAAGAGAGAGGCAUUUUCAUUUUUGUUUAGUUUUUUGUUGCUGUAAAAUAUAUAUGGAUGACACAAGGUGAAUUUAUACGAAACACUGUGGAAUUUGCAAAGUAGUGUUGUUUAUAACUUUUACCCUCUAACAGUGCACGCUGGAAAUGACCUCGUUUACAUUUCACUCUCGGCUUCCUCUCAGCCUGCCUUCUCCCAAAGUGUCAAAUUCCACGUUUGUCAUCGAGAGGAUGCUCCUGUGGUAAAUGUGAUGAAUGAGCUGAUGUAUGCCUUAUCUGUUUGUCGGAGGUCGGACGUGAUUAUGCACUUAAGUCUGUUAAUAGCACAAAACAUUUGAAGUGCCUCUCAGCAUGACCUCUCUCUGACACCUGGUGUUUUUAUGGAGACAAUUACCGUAUUACUAUUUAUUUGAAUGUAUGUUUUUUCUUUUAUAUGAUCUCUUAUUUUUUAUGUCCAAAUCAUGACUACUAAGUUUCUCUUAAAACUUUUCUCUACUCUUGCUAAAAAACAUCAGCCUUUGUGCCUUGUGUAUGAAAACACAUUCUGUUUUUUCAAAUUUGAUAUGUGUCAGAAUAAAUAAACUCCUUUUCUGAG